AGCUUUUCUUUUUAUAAAUGUGUAUAUAAAUAUAUACUUGAGAUAAUAAAAAUGACUAUUUCAAUAAAACCAUUAACACAUGUUAUCAAUAAAAAUGAUAAUCAAAGUAACAAUGAUAGGCAGCAUCCACCUACACCUUCAACUUUGGAUUUUCAUGGCGCUAGUUUAGCAGCAGCAGCCAAAAUUAUGAAAACUGAGUUGGCAAAAUUAGGAAGUAGUCUUAAAGAUGCAGAGGAACAUAGAAUAUUUAAUUUUGAAAUGGAUAAUUUCUAUAUGCUCUUUACACGUUAUUUGAAUGAAAAAUCGAAAGGAUCAAAGCAGAAUUGGGAAAAGAUUCAAUCACCUUCAACUGAACAGAUCAUUCCUUAUGCAAGCUUGCCCAUUAAUUCCUCUGCAUUUGAUUUAACUAAACUUGCUGUACUUAAAUUAAAUGGUGGUUUGGGCACUACAAUGGGCUGUGUUGGUCCAAAAUCUGUUAUCGAAGUUCGUGAUAACAUGACAUUUUUGGAUUUAAGUGUUCGUCAAAUCGAGUAUUUGAAUAAAAAACAUGGUGUUAGUGUUCCUUUCAUUUUAAUGAAUUCAUUUAAUACAGAUGAAGAUACAAAGAGAAUUGUACAGAAAUACACUUCACAUAACGUUGAUAUCAUCACUUUCAAUCAAAGUCGACAUCCUCGUAUUAAGAAAGAAACUCUCUUACCUGUCCCUAGAUCACAUGAUUCACCUAUUGAGGAAUGGUAUCCUCCUGGUCAUGGUGAUAUGUAUGAAUCCCUCUAUAAUUCGGGAUUAUUAGAUCAAUUAUUGGCAAAAGGUAAAGAAUACCUUUUUGUAUCCAAUAUCGAUAAUUUAGGGGCCACAGUCGAUAUCAAUAUUUUAAAUUACAUGGUCGAAAGUGGUGCUGAAUUUAUCAUGGAGGUUACGGAUAAAACAAAGGCAGAUAUUAAGGGAGGUACCUUGAUUGACUAUAAUGGUAAAUUGCGUUUACUUGAAAUGGCACAGGUCCCUGACGAGCAUCUUGAAGACUUUAAAUCGAUCAAGAAAUUUAAAAUAUUCAAUACAAAUAAUCUUUGGAUCAACUUGAGAGCUAUCAAACGUGUAUUAGAUGAAGCGAUUAUGGACCUUGAGACGAUUGUUAAUCAUAAAACGACUGAAAGUGGAGAAAAAGUAAUUCAGCUUGAAACCGCUGCAGGUGCUGCUAUUAAACACUUUAAAAAUGCACACGGGAUUAAUGUUCCUAGAACUCGUUUCCUACCUGUCAAAUCGACUUCUGACUUGUUUUUGGUUACUUCAAACUUAUAUUCACUUGUACAUGGUCAAUUAAUUAUGAAUCCAAAGCGUCUAUUUAGCAUAGUACCAUUAAUUAAAUUGGGGGAAGAUUUUAAAAAGGUACAAGGCUUUCUUCAAAGAUUUAAAUCAAUUCCUAAUAUUUUAGAUUUGGAUCAUUUAACUGUAACAGGUGACGUUACUUUUGGAAGUAAUGUUGAGCUUCGUGGAACAGUGAUCAUUGUAGCUAAUCAUGGUGAGAGGAUCGAUAUUCCUUCAGGAUCAGUUUUAGAAAACAAGGUUAUUACUGGUAACCUUCGUAUCCUUGAUCAUUAAUCGCUUUCUUGUUAAAGCUACCAGACAUAUGUCUAUUGAUUUGUAAAUCUAUAAUAGAAUCUUUUUUGUUUCC